AUUGGACUAUCAGAAGUCAAAGUUUGGGCACUUUAAAAAUGGUUGCUAGUUGUACCUCGGUUCUAACAAUAAGGUUAUGAUGAACCAGGAUAGACAGGUUUGUUCAGAGAAAAAUUGGAGUCUAUGGAACGCAGUGGUACAGAAGUAUCACAGCCGACAAGAUUCCCUCUUCGAUGAUUUGUUCGGUAAUAACAAAACUCUGCUCGGUAGCGCAAUGGUGCGCGAUCAUAAACAAUCACCUAACGCACCAUCAGUUCCAGUCACUCCUACAAGUGAAGUAACCGCGCUGAGUCCCAAGGCAGCGCAACGUGAGCUCAUCGACCUCCUGAAUAGAGCCACUGCUAGUUUGCCGCUCACAUACGAACCAUCCAAAGAUUUGCGACAACUUUUGACACAAAUCUGGCAGAAAGAUGACUUUGAUAUCACCCGAGCGGAGACGGAAGCUGCGUUAUCUUCCGACCGUCCGUGGGGCCUGGGACAACUAAGCAGUCACAGAGGGCUUCUACUUCCCGAAGAGUCGUUGCAGAACCUUUGCGACCGAAUCAUACGAGCAAAUCUUAACGAAGAGACGUUAGCAGCUACUGUGUUGCUAGUAGUCCUGCCAUCGGUUAGCCAAGCGUCAUCUCAAUUAUCGCACCCAACGAUGGCUUGUCUGUGUCGCCUGACUGAGCGGUCACCUGAGCUACUGACAAGAGCUUGCCUGGCUCCGGCUCUUGCUCACACCACCUCACCCUUCUGCCCUGACAUCGUCGCCAGGCUCGUCUCUAAGGUUGCCUUGGGCAUUGCACCUCAUGCGCAUCUACUGAUGAGGUCCGUAACGCAGCGAAGUGAGGUAUGCGAGCAAUACCUGCAAGUGCUGGAGGCCACGUGCGCCGUGCUGCCACCCUCUCCCCAACAGCUCCUCAUACACAGCAUCGCCACAGCCCUGCAGCGCGUAUGUUCAGGCCUUCCCACCACAAGCCCGCGUGUGGGCAGAGCUUUAUUGCUGGUGGUGAGCUCACUAUUGCCGCACCUGAAGAAUGUGGCUCCUACCACUGAAAUCCUGCAGCAAACUGCUGAUGCCCACGCAUCUCCUCUGCAGAGAGCAGUACAAGCCAAGCUCAAGAGGAUACGCUCUUGAAACUCGUUUUUUUUUCAGAUACUCAAAAUUUGUCGAUUUUCGUACAAAUUAAAAAUCUAUUUGAAUAAAUUAGUUAAACCUUUUGACUUAGCAUUAAAACCUGAACAUGGAUGUGUUGCAAGAUAUUCACUGAGGAAUAAGAGAUA